GACAAAUGCUUCCACAUAGACCAGUCGGGUUUUAUACCUGGUAGGUAUAUCUUGGACAAUGUAAUGACCCUCAACGAGGCAUCCAAGAAAGUGAUGGAGAAGAAAAUCAGCACAGCAAUUCUAUUCUUCGACUUUGAAAAGGCUUACGAUCAGGUGAAUUGGGAGUUUCUCGAUGCAAGUAUGGAAAGAAUGGGGGUAAGUUCCAACCUCAGGAAAUGGGUGCGAGUCCUAUAUAAUAACGCCUCUGGUUGCGUCCAGAUCAAGGGGCUGCGAAGGCUACCCAAUCUCCAGGUCGGUAAGACAAGAGAGGCAAAGGAGCAGAAAGCGCAAGUUGAAGAUAUCAUUCAUAGCUAUAAGCUGCGAGUCAUGGAGUUGGAGGACGAACUUAAGAAAGUGCAUAUGUCCCAAAAACGGUUAUCAGAUUCAGGCGAUCCAGUGCAACGGGGCAAUCCCAUCACUUUGUCCUUAUCCGCACCAAAGAUUAAAGGCCGCCGAUCCUUGUCCGCAUCAGCAACAGCCAUGGAAAAUGUCAUCAUGCCAGAACGGCUGAUUAAUGACAUGGGAGGAAGCCACUCUGGGAGCUCAUCACUGCCAAUCCCCUCCCCGAUACCGUCGCCUGCCGUCUCAACACCCGGACACUCAGGCGACCGGGAUCAGGAGCAAGCUGAAGCAAUGGGAGGGCAUCAUCAUGGCUUGGUGAAUUCAGAAGACAGACCGAUCCUAGAAAUGGAGAAUGAGCAGCUGAAAUUAAGUAUUCAAAGGCUCACUCAGGAAAAUUCGCGAAUGCAAGCCAUCGUAGCCCAAAUGCGCAUUGAGAUGGAAAUGAUGCAGGGUGCCGUCAACACCACCCCACACGCAGCAGUGGAUGCCAGACCGUUGGAUCUGCAGGAGGGUCGUCGUGAUCAUGAUCUUCACCACGACAAGGUUCAGAGUAUCUAUACCGCUUCACAUAGAAAGGAGAAUAAUGUGCAAGACGCGAAGGACAUGAGCUUGCUGGUUGGUCCACUCCAAAGCCAACUCCAGGCAGCAGCAAGAGAGAUUCGACGGCUGAUCGAAGAGAGAGAUUGCCUGAUGGAGCUCAGCAACUCCCUCAGAGCAGACCUUCAUAGAUUUGCUUCCCUAUCAGGAGCUCAGAGCUGCAGUUUCAUGACGGUUUCCCAAAGAGGAAAGGAUGGAAAAAGAAGUAGGGAGAGUCACAGAAAUGGAGAGGUCACUCAGGAAGCACUUGUUGGUUCAACUGAGAAGUUGGACUCUCAACCAGACACAGGUAACAAUGGAGGAUUAGGUUCAGCCAAGGCGGAAGCGAGAGAGAUGGAACCGAAAGGCGCUUGUGGUACGAACAGCGGUUCCUCAAGAGGCACAAAGGAACAACUAAAAGGUCCCAGCUGCUCGGCAAUGCCGGAUGGAAAAAACGUGCAAGAGGUGGGGGAUUGCAAAGAACGAUCGAGCAUACUCUUUGACGGUGUCUGCUCAGACGGAAAGGAAAGUGCAAGUCAACGAAACUCUCACUUGCAGCCCGCUGGAGAGGAUAGAGGAGCAUCAGAAUUACAUCUGGCCGGAACGCUUGCUCCCCAAGCUGUGAGGGAGGUGCGCAUAUCUGAUCCAAUACAUAAGGGUACAGCUAGCCAGAGGGCCCGCCUUCAGGCUGUGCAGCGACGCAACGCGAUCGCAGCUUUGUCAUUACUUCAAGCAGCAAAAGUCCGUAAUUACAAUAUCAAAGACGACGCGACAGCGGAGGGCAGUUGCGCGCCUGCCAAGCAGGAUCCCACCGACUCAGAGAAAAAGAAAUACGUCUUGCACGCCCUGUUGAUGAUGACAAACCAUUACCGUGAUGUUUAUGUCAAAUCACGCCCUGUUGAUGAUGAUGGUGACGAGCAGCACCCUAAUGAUGAUGACGCCGAUGCUGGUGCUGGUGGUGAUCAGCGAGAGUGCCACAGAUGACAGAGAUGUAUACAAAACUGAAAUCAACGCACUCGAUAUCG